AUGGAUUGUUCCAUCCGGUUCCGCAUCCGAAACCCGUCGCCGGCCGCGUCCCACUUUGCUGGCGAGAGGCGGCGCCCAGCGGGCAGGGUAUUUCUGCGGACCAUGGCGUCGGCGGCCCCGGUGGAGGAGCCCACGGCGGCGGCCGAGGCGAAGCGGCGGCCGACCGGUGACUCCUUCAUCCGGCGCCACCUCAGGACCCUCGCCCCGUAUCAGCCCAUCCUUCCUUUCGAGGUGUUAUCUGCUCGGCUUGGGCGUAGACCUGAGGACAUAAUCAAGUUGGAUGCAAAUGAGAAUCCAUAUGGUCCACCCCCGGAGGUCUCUACAGCAUUAGGUAGUCUCAAGUUCCCCUAUGUGUACCCUGAUCCUGAAAGCCGUCACUUGCGUGCUGCCCUUGCUGAAGAUUCUGGACUUGAAUCUGAGUACAUACUUGCUGGAUGUGGCGCAGAUGAACUAAUUGAUUUAAUUAUGAGAUGUGUGCUCGAACCAGGUGACAAAAUUGUUGAUUGCCCUCCAACAUUCACAAUGUAUGAGUUCGAUGCUUCAGUCAAUGGUGCACUUGUUAUCAAGGUUCCAAGACUGCCCGAUUUUUCCCUAGACGUUGAUCGUAUUGUCGAAGUUGUUGAACAGGAAAAUCCAAAAUGCAUAUUUCUGACAUCCCCAAACAAUCCAGAUGGCAGUGUAAUCAACGAUGAUGAUCUUUUAAGGAUACUGGAUCUUCCGAUACUUGUAGUGCUGGAUGAAGCUUAUAUUGAGUUUUCAAGCCUAAAGUCAAAGAUGGCAUGGGUUAAGAAGUAUGAUAAUUUGAUUGUUCUCCGAACAUUUAGCAAACGAGCAGGUUUAGCUGGUCUUCGUGUGGGUUAUGGUGCAUUUCCUCUGAGCAUUAUUGAGUAUUUGUGGCGGGCCAAGCAGCCGUAUAAUGUUUCUGUGGCCGCAGAAGUUUCAGCAUGUGCAGCAUUGCAGAAUCCAACCUAUUUGGAGAAUGUGAAAAAUUUACUGGUACAAGAGAGGGAGAGGUUGUUUAAUCUUCUCAAAGGAAUACCAUUCCUGAAACCGUUUCCCAGUCAUUCUAACUUCAUUCUCUGCGAGGUCACAUCAGGAAAGGAUGCAAAGAAAAUAAAGGAAGACCUUGCAAAGAUGGGAGUGAUGAUCCGCCACUAUGACAAGAAGGAACUGAAAGGGUAUAUCCGUAUCUCAGUUGGGAAACCUGAGCACACUGAUGCAUUAAUGAAAGGCCUGAAUGCGCUUCAAUUGUGA